AUGACUCCGACUCUGUCACGUCUGUUGAAGGAGAUGUGUGUACCACAGUGUGUACGCUAGAAGCAAAUCUGAGGUGUUUUCUCCUCUGACUCAAAGAAAAACAUGUUGCCUCCGUGACAGCUGUCUGCACUGAAUCUUCACUUCAGCAAUGGAUUUGCAGGAUAAUAACAACAACGUUGGAAUCGAUAUCUUACUCAGCCACUGGGGGGACAUGGAGGAGGUGCUUGAGCUACUUGGGGACCUCUACCCAGCUGGGGGAGCAGAGGAAGAGGAGGAGGAGGAGGAGGAGGAGGAGGACGGGUCAGGCGAGGAAGGUCUUUCUCGGGAGGAGACCCCUGCAGGGACACCUGUGUUGGACAUGUGUGUGCAGGCUAACCGCCUGGCGGGCCAGGGGGGUGUUCAGCAUGGUAAUGUGACCGACCUGCUGGCCUUCAUCAGCCGGAUCUCAGGAGGAGCAGCACACGGGGUGCCGAGUCCGACACCACAGUCUGACACACAGCAGAAUAAAGACACAGGUGUACUUCUUAAGAAAGACAUGGUUCUUCAAAAUGGACAAUACAGAAUAGACUCUGAGGUGCUCCUGUUCCCAUGGAAGCGCCUGUACAGGAGUGAAUCUGCACACAUCCCCAAAGGGGCCUUCGGAAGAGUUCACCUGGCACAGGACCGCGUCACGCACAAGCGCAUGGCCUGCAAGUUGAUCCCGCUGGAGCACCUGAAGCGCUCGGACGUGGAGAUCCAGGCCCGGUUCCGGCACGAGAAUGUGGCCGAGCUGUUCGGGGCGGUGCUGCGAGAGCGGACCCUGCACGUGUUCAUGGAGGCCGGGGAGGGGGGCUCGGUUCUGGAGAAGCUGGACAGCUGCGGGCCCAUGCGGGAGGCAGAGGCCGUCUGGGUGACCCGGCAGGUGCUGCAGGCCCUGGACUACCUGCACGGACACGGGGUCAUUCACCACGACAUCAAACCGAGUAACAUCGUGUUGAAGUCGUCUAAAGCCGUGCUGGUGGACUUUGGGCUGAGUGUGCAGAUGACUGGGGACGUGUACAUUCCCAGAGACCUGAGAGGCACCGAGAUGUACAUGAGUCCAGAGCUGGUCUUGUGUGGGGGCCACAGCACCAAGACGGACAUCUACAGUCUGGGCUCCACCCUCCUCCACAUGCUAACCGGCUGUGCCCCCUGGAUCAAGAGGUUCCCCCGCACUGCCUACCCAUCAUACCUGUACAUAAUCCAUAAACUGGCUCCCCCUCUGGAGGAAAUUCCAGAGUCCUGCAGCGCCCCCCUGAGGUCACUGCUGCACAGCGCGCUGCAGAGAAACCCCGCCCACCGGGCCUCCGCCUCCCACCUGCUGCAGCACCACGCCCUGCACCAGUCCACCAAUCAGACGCGCUACAACAGCCUAGACUCCGCCCUGAGCGAUGGAGGGAGGCCUUUCCUCUCGCAGUUCAGCCACACCUCCGAUACCACGCAGGAUUCGUCUCUGAGCUCUGGGGAUUGGAGUCCUGGCAGCAAGAAGGGGGGCUCCCUCUAUUUGGACCUGGGGGCCCUGGCUGGAUACUACAACCUGGUCAGGGGCCCCCCCAGUGAGGAGUACAGCUAGCCAAACAGGACGCUUACACCAGCACCGCUUCCUUCCACAGAACGGUUCUGCCACAUUUUUGUUUUUAUUUUCACAAAAACUCAGGUUUCCUUGUAGACCAGCGCGAUUUUGGAACUCUGCCUCUGCUGUGGUUCCAAGCGUUCCGCGUCUGGUUCUAAGAUGUGGCGUGUCGCGAAUGGAUGUCAGAUGUCGGGUGGCAGUGUAAAAAAAAAAAAAACUGUCUUGAAAGGCUCAAAGACUUGUGUCAAAACAUUGCGCCUCCAUGGAACUUUGACAUGGGCAUCUACAGAAUAUACUGUACAGGAUGUAUAGUACAUUGACAUACUGAUGGGCCUUUGCAUUGAAGAAGACAUGGUUUCUUUCUCUCUUUUUUCUUUCUUUCUUUCUCUGACACACACAGACAGACAGAAAUACACAC